AAAAAAUCCACUGAACGGCAUCAUUUUGGCUCUGUAACGAACGAGCAUUCAGUAUUUGACAGAAUACACUACAAAAAGACUUCAGCAGCCCCAGCCAGCUCUGGUGUUUAGAUGUAGAAUGAACGUCUAAAAUAAUGGCUGGUGUUGUGGAGUAGGGAGAGGAGCCGUGGGGGGGAGGUGACUCCUAUCAGGGGUUUGGUUUCCGAUGGAAAACGGAAAAAGGCAUCUUGUCAGUCUGGUAGUGAGGCCCCGACGUCACAGCACAGAGACUCUGGUCCGGGGUUGUUUCUAUACUGGAAACUGAACGCAAAGCCACGGGCACGAGCGAGGACCUUAUUCUACUUUCUCUGUUAGAUAAUAACCAAUCGAUUUCAGGCAACGAUGAAUCAUCUCACUCGUUCACCUGGGUUAAUUAAAUAUCUCCCUAUUUACUUGGGCCUAUUCAUCAUUACUUUCUCAGUUAUUUGUGCAACGCCGUUUCAGUACAACAUGUUUCAAGGGAGCGCUUAUUCUGGAGGGGAGCCUCGACAGAGAAACAAAAACUGGUGCGCUCAUGUCGUGCACAAGAACGUGAGCGGUGCGGUGCUGAGUGGGACGGAGGUGUUCGUCCAGCCGGAGCACAGGCCGUGCCCGGGGAGGUACCCGGACUGCGCUCAACAGCAAGGCCAGCGGAGACACUUCCGGCCGACCUACAAGAUCGGCUACAGGCAGCUGACAGAGCUGGAGUGGAGGUGUUGUCCAGGUUACCAGGGUUACGACUGCAGCGAGCCGAAGGGUGGAUCUCCACGGCAACCCCCGGCCGCCCCCUACCGAGCCCCCGCGGACCGGGACCAGCCUCGGGUGGGGGGGCAGCAGCCCCACUCUUGGGGGUGGCAGGCUGAGCCCCAGAGGGGUCGGGGGGCCCAGGAGAGCCCCUCCACGCUGCAGCGCAUGGAGGAGGACAUCCAGCGUCUGUCCCAGAUGGUGCUGGACAUGCAGGCGGCCAUGACGGACAUGAGCUCGGGUCUGCGUCUGGGCCUCCAGGAGGACGCCAGCAAGAUGCUGGUGACGCUGCUCCAUGAGCGGCGCCCGCCGAGUGGCGCCCGGGGCGGGGACACCGAGAUGUUCCAGCUGCAGGGGCUCUCCCUGGAGCACGACCCGUCGCACGAGGACGAGGUGCUGGGCAGGAUCAACCAGGUGGUGGACACGCUGGAGACCAAGAGCAACGCCCUGGACGAGCUCCAGGGGCGGGUGGACCACCACGACGGGCAGCUUCGUCUGCUGAUGGAGGUCUCGCAGGGCUCCCCGGCCACUCCCCCCUUAUCCGCUUCGUCUUCUUCGUCCUCUUCGUCUUCUUCGUGUUGCGUGGGCGGAGACACGACCCUGCGAGCCUACGUGGACGAGAAGCUCGGAGCUCUGAGGGAUGAGCUGAUGGAGGGCAUGGAGAUAAAGAUGUCCGACCUGAAGAACUCCUGUGACUAUAAGAUGAUGUCGGUCCAGGGAGAGUCGGAGGCACAGGAGGACAACUACCUCAGCCUGGCCGAGCUCAUGGACUCCAAGGAGUCGGACCUCCGCAAAGAGAUCCUGGACGUCAGAACCAAGUUGGAAGUGUUGGAGAGCAAAAAGGUUGUUGUAGGUGUUUCUGUUCCAGACAUCCACGCUGUUCUGGCCCGGUUGGGAAACGUUGAGCUCCGUCUGAACCUGUCCGAGAAGAACAUGGAGGCUCAGAGCCUCUUAGGGGAGCAGAAGCUUGGAAAACAAGCGGAGCAGGGAUGUGAAGAUCUGAGGAGAACUUUGGAGGACAAGAUAACUUUUGUGGAGGACAGAAUCUCCUCUCUCGAGGAGAAGGAAGACGAACAUCUUAACUCCCAGUCUGGGAUUGCAGAAGCACAAGGUCUCGUUGCUCUUCAGAGCGAGAUGAACUCUCAAAGAAACUCCGUCAACAUAUUGGAGGGGAGACUGGACACCAUAGACAGGUUGUAUUCAAAAGAGUGCAACAAGUGCAAACCAACGUUUGUAGCGAACACUGAACGAGAACAAGACCAAACUCUGAGCUCCAGGAAUGAGGUUGACCCCUCCCAAAAUAGUGUCAACGGCCAAUCGGCUUCCACGGAGCAAGGGGUUCUGAGACGCCUGUCCAAUGACAGCCGGAGCAGCCUUGAGGACCCCUGGAGUGUACUGGGUUUCGUGCAAGCCCGGCUGGAGAGGUUGGAGGGCUCCAUGUCAAAUGUGGACAGCUCUGUUCUUCGACACUCCCAGGAGCUCCAGGACCUCAACGCCACCUGCACCCAGGCCAGCAGAGGACCAGCCAAGGACCAGCUGGAGAUCUGGGCCAGGCUGGAAGAGCUCCGCAGGGAGGUGAGGACCAAGGCCGAUGACUGCCAGGUCCAAACCCGAGACGUGGGCCGGGAGGUAGCCGGUGUGGAAGAGCGCAUUGGGAGUCUACAGAAGGUGUGCGACAAGCUGGACCCGAUGUCUGGCUACCUGCAGGAGAUCGAGGAGGCUCUGAACAAAAACGUGAGCGGCUUGUGGACGAGUGUCAGCCAGCUAAACGGGACCCUGAGAGCUCAGGGCCGGGGCAUCGCCCAGCUUAGAGGAACCCUUCAGGACCUCCAGGACCAGGCGUCUGUUGGGUCCGAAGACCUCCUCACAGGCGGUACCCGGGUUACCACAGGUGGAGGGGCGGGUGUUGGGGUUAUGCCCACUCUCGCCCCCACCCCCUCCAAAGACUCCGCCCCUCCUAAGGUCAGGGGCGUGGCAGUAGGGGGCGUGGCUAUGGGUGGCAUGGAGAAGGAGAGCGUGGCCGGGCCCCGGGUGGUUGAAACGGGCCAGGCAGGACCCCCGGGGACCAAGGUGGCCUCCCGGCCCGUCCUGGGGGCCAACGGCAGCAUGGCCACCGUGCACGGAUACGCCGGAGCCCCUGCAUCCCCGUCCGAAGACAGUGUCUCGGUUAAGAUUGACAUGCCCCCCCGGCCAGAUACAUACAUGAGUCAUACAGUACGCUUCCUGGAACCUGCUGGCCCUUCAGGGGUGAAGGUGUGUUUCUCAGCAGGGUUUAGCCUCCCCUCCUUCCCUGGGGAGGUUGGGAUCAUCCGCUUCAACAAGGUCUUGGUCAAUGACGGAGGACACUAUAACCCCCUUAAAGGUGUGUUUACUGCACCGCUGGACGGCCGCUACCAGCUGAGUGGCGUGCUGACCGCCCAGCGAGGGGCGACUGUGGAGGCGGUGCUCUCUGUGGCCAAUCGCAGCAUCCAGAAGCUUUACACGGCGGGAUCUCCUUCGGGGGCCCCGGUGGAGGGGCCCCGGGGCCCGUGUGAGUGUGGGGGCGCCGUGGCGACCCUGAACCUGGUGCUCAGCCUGAAGCGUGGAGACCAGGUGGGGCUGGUGAUGACCACGGGGAAGCUCGCCGUCUCAACCUCGUCGGAAUUCCUGUCCACGUUCAGCGCCGUGCUUCUCUACCCCUCCCCCGCCAACCUCAGAUAACCCCGCCCCCAUGCCCUCAGAUAACCCCGCCCCCAUGCCCUCAGAUAACCCCGCCCCCAUGCCCUCAGAUAACCCCGCCCCCAUGCCCUCAGAUAACCCCACCCCAUGCCCUCAGAUAAGCCCGCCCCCCUAUUCACAAAUAAACCCUUCCCUCAGACAGCUCUGCUCACUUUUUCAGAUGGUGCCUAAAUAAUAGACCAUGACAAACAAAAACUCUUUAAAGGAAUGAGAGGUGAUGAUGGUGACUUGGGAAGAUAUAUGGAAAAAUAUGAUUUUAAUUUAGCAGUUUGUUUUUUGCAUUAAUUGUUUUAUUGUUUACUCUUUGCUUUGUUUAUAGGUCCCAAUGUAUAAUUAUUUGUUUUUAUUCAGGCGUUGUAAUUUUGCCUUUUGUAUUCAUUAAAGGUGCAACGUUUAAGAUAAUUUGUUUAAAACAUAUAAAACUGCUAAAAUUGAACUACUCUCAACAGAAUUUGAAGAAAAAAACGUUUUGACACAGUGUCAAAGACGUAUAUGUAUUGUGUUGGAGAGAUUUUAACUUAAGUUUGCAAAUAGCCCAACUUGCGCCGGCAGGGACGCGGGAAGUCAUUCCGAGGGGGGGGGUGCUGAGAGAGAGUCUGUAUAAUGACGUCAUAAUAAAUGCUGCGCAACAUCCAUUGUUUACAGAGACGAGAUGACGGGUGACGUCACAUUCAGGGCUCCGCUCUGAUAAACACUCUACUGGCGUGUAAAAAGAGUUCUGCCAACUAAUGUGUAACAAAUGUGGAAAUUAGAGUCAACUCGGCUGAUACUGUGCUGAAUUUCACACACUAAGAACAUGCCGAAAAGCUGUUGCUUGUCGGCAACAGCUGUGGAUUAUACACAGCGUUAUAACAAGGAUUCCGGAGGUUAUUUCUAAAGAUUUACAAAGGAAAGUGACAAUAAAAGAAAGCCUUCAUUUUCAUCCAGAGUUACGAGUUGUCUGAUAUGAGGAAAGGGACGGUUUCCCCGUCAAGUGAACCGUCCAUCUUUGCUCUUUUUUUGCCAACCA